AUGUUAUCACUAUUUCGUCAAAAUAUUUGUUCGUUUAAUGCAAAUAAAUGUUUGACAAAUGUUUUCAAAAGAAAUGUCAAAAACUUUUUGGUUUCAAGAAGUUUUACAAAUAGAUUGUCAAACAAUGAGAGCAACAAUAGUGUCAAAACACUUAUCAAACCAUUGAUAUUCACAAUUGGGUUUAGCGGAACUGUAUAUACGGUUAGUAUUGUUUAUAAUUAUGAGAACUCAUUAUUUGGUCAAACAUUUGAUUGGAGACAAAACUUUUACACCAUUCAAGACAAUCAUAUAAAGAGAAAAACCGGAUCUCUUAGAAAUGAGUUAAACAAAUGGUGGCAAUCAAAGGAUAUAUCAUUCAAAGUUUUUUCAUCCAUUGCUGCCAUCAAUGUCCUGGUUUUCCUGUGUUGGAAAAGUCAAAGAUUACAUCCUUUUAUGUUUAAAUACUUUACCGCUUAUUUUGAUAAACAAGUGAAAUGUUGGCCAAUGUUAUUGUCGACAUUCAGUCACUAUUCAAUAACACAUUUAAUCUUCAAUUUAGUGGUUCUUCACUCAUUCACUAAAGUUGGUAUCAGUUUGUUUGGUGUCGAGCAGUUUGUCGCUCUUUAUUUAAGCUCUGGAGUUAUUUCAUCGUAUGGUAGUUAUAUGACUAAAGUAUUGCUUAAAAGAAGUGGAUCAUCUUUAGGAGCGUCGGGAGCUAUACUGGGAAUCCUUGCCUCGUGUUGUAUUGCAAGACCAGACUUGGAAUUAGUUAUUAUAUUUCUACCAUUUUUUACCAUUUCUUCGGGAAUGGCUUUAAAGGCCAUAAUAGCAAUGGAUAGCUUUGGAGUGUUGUUGGGUUGGAAACUGUUUGAUCACUCGGCACAUCUCGCAGGCACUCUGUUUGGUGUUUGGUAUACCAGUUAUGGACAGCAUUUUCUGACACAACACCGACACCAAGUAAUUGAUAUUUGGCAAAGAAUUAAAUCAAUUUGA